CUCCGUUCGCCUGGUAACAGCGAAAGCAUCGCUCACGGAGAAGCUGCAGGCGAGGAGCCGCUGAAGAUUUACAGCCGAAACGGAUCACGAUGCGAGAUAAAUCUUUCGUUCACGUACUUUCAGACAGCUCGGACAUCACACACACCCGUGCGAAUCGUUCACAAUAACACUGACACGCUGACAGGGAUAUCCGGCUAAGCGUCUUAAGGCUCGGGACGGUGAUGGAUUUAUUGGCCAAAUAUUGCCAUAUUGCAUCCUAUUUGUUACCUAAUGCGAUGAGGCACUAAUGCACUUAAUAGGAUCCAGGUCGCCCUCCCUGUCUUCCUGUAGCUCUCAGAAGCAAGCUGUGUACAUACAUAACUGAACCCAAUACAUAACUGAUUACCAGCUUAUGCUAGAGACAACAUCAGCAUCUGUUCUUGGCAGAUCCCGAAAGAGUCUGAAGAUGGCUUGCGCUGUGGAGAGAUGAGUAAGAUGUCCUGAUAUCGGGUGAUUGGACACCCAUAUGAGAAUGGGAAAACUACAGAGCAAGUUCCGGAGGCGCUCGGACCUUUAUAAGGCCAAAGAGGGGGCGGAGCCCACACCUGUGCACCAGGUAGAGCAGUAUGAACCCACUCACACAGAUGCCAUCAACUGUGUCGUCAGCUUGACCUCUGACCUGUGCGUGUCAGGAGGGCAUGACCAGGCUGUUGUUGUCUAUGAAUGGAGAGCUGGAAAACGGUGUAAAUCUUUCCAGGGCCAUAGCAGAGAGAUUACAAAGUUAUGCUGUUUUAAAGGAAGUUCCUUGAUCUUCAGUGCGUCCCGUGAUAAGACGGUGCUGAUGUGGGAUCUGGGUCGAGAUACAGAACCCGUCCAGGAGUUUUGUGGCCACGAGCUUGUAGUUAACGGGGUAGCGGUAAGCCCAGAUGGCUCAAAGCUGUGCACGGGCUCUCGUGAUAACUCCAUGCGCCUCUGGGACAUUGAGUCAGGAGAAUGUCUGCACAAACACACCAUCUCACGCAACCUGGUGACCCAUGUGUGCUGGGUACCAGGAAGCACAUCUAUUGUCCAAACCUCAGAAGACAAAACGAUCAGGGUGUGGGAUAGCCGUACCUGGCAGGUCACUAACACAUUUCCGGCAAAGCAGUACAUCCAGACACACUGUGACAUCAGUUCCAACUGUUACCACCUGCUGUCGUCCAGCAAUGGUUUCGGUGGUCAGGGUUGCGAGGCCACGCUGUGGGACCUCAGACAGCCCGGCUGUAAGGUGGCCGAAUACAGAGGACACCUGCAGACCACAGCAUGCUGCAUGUUUGUGCCUCCCCGUCCCGGAUAUCCUGCUCUCGUGGCGUCAUCGUCGUAUGACAGCUCAGUAAAAAUAUGGGAUCAGAACACUGCAGCGUGUUUGUACACGUUAACGCUGGACGGUUCAGGGCCUUUGGUGUCUCUGGCUCCGUGUGACUCCAGCAGUCUCCUGUGUGCCAGUUUUAACACAGGACUGCACCAGCUGCAUCUAGAUCAGGGAGCAAUGCCCAGCCUCACUGAAGUUGCUCGCUUCUGACGUCUAUCUGGACCGCCUGGAAAAUCAAACUAAUGAGUUAAAACAAACAUAUUUAAUAACUGGAACUCCUGGAAAUGAGAAUGCACACUACAAUAUGUAGACACCCUAUUCUUAUUAAAUGAAUAGGUCAAAAAUGAAAAUUUGCUGAAAAUGUACUCAUCUUCAGGCCAUCCAAGAUGUAGAUGAGUUUGUUUAUUCAU